AUGCAAAAUCAAAACACCAAUGGUCAAAUGAACCAAAAUAUGGACAAUGGAAUGCCGAACAUUCCAUUAAAUGGGACACAACCACAACGCGGGCAACACCCUCAGCAACAAAAUCAAUCUCAAAAUUUGCAAAACAUUCCACCCCAACAAUUGGCACAACUCGUACAAGCUAUGAAAAAUGACUUUGAAAUAGCCAAGAAUGCCACUGAUGAGCAAGUCAAGCAACAUCACUUGAAUCGGGCUGAGAAUAUAAGAAGAUUAUUGGCGAGGUAUCAAGCGCAAAGAAAUAGAUUGCAGCAGCAGCAGCAGCCGCAACAACAACAACAACAACAACAACAACAACAACAACAACAACAACAACAACAACAACAACAACAACAACAACAACAACAACAACGACAAAUGAACUCACAACUGCCGCAGAUAGGUAAUCAACAACCGAGGAUGCAACCACAACCCCCAAUUCGUGGUCAAACAAACUCAUUAUCGCAGCAGAGUUUAAACAACAACAAUUCGUUCAACCAAUAUCAAAAUAUUGCCCAGAAUCUGCCAGCAAUGAACAAUUCCCCAAUAGUCACCAACCAAUCACCAGUAUUGAGUGUGGACAAUAUUCCUGCCGCUACAUCGACUAUUCCCAAGGGUCGUCAGUCUCAAGUCUCGCAAGGUAGCAAAGACAAACACGAAGUGGAGGAACAGAGUAAACAGAAACUACUACACCAACAACAGCAGCAACAGCAGAUGGGUCCCAAUCAAGGGCAACAGGCUGUGAAUGCUCCAAGUCUGCAGCAGUACAGGAACAUGUUGAGAAGCAUGAGCUCUAGCUCAUCUAGUGGGGCAGGAAGUGGUACUGCCGGCUCUAUAAAUCUCCCAUCAAACACGAUAUCAAUGGAAAAAUUCAAUCAAAUAAGACAGAAGUUGACAGAGAUACAACGAAAGAUCCAGCUUUUGGAACAAAGUAAGAAAGCUGGUAAUGCAACACAAGAACAGGUUUCGAUCAUCGAUAGAGAAUUGGUAGAAUACAGAACCAAAUUUCAGCAGUUUCAAAAGAUUGGAAUUUAUAUGAGAAACCAAUUGGUGCAACAGGCCAAACAACAACAGCAAAUACAACAAGGUCAGACCCAGCAAAGUCAAAAUCAGCAACAACAGCAACAACAGCAACAACAACAACAGCAACAACAGCAACACCUUCCGCAACUGACAUCGCCACAAUUGGCUCAAGCUUCUCGGCCUAAUCAAUUUCCUCAACAAUCGCAUGUGAACAACCAUCAAUUUUCUCCACAAAUGUCACCACAGAUGUCACCACAACUCAAGAAUAAUUUCCAAGGCUCACCACAACCGUCUCAACAACAGCUGCUGCAUAUUCAAAGACAGCUGCUGCAACAGCUACAACAGCAACAACAACAGCUUUUGGCACAGCAUCAGCGAAACAUAGCUACUGCCCAGCAAGCUGUUCCUUCCCAAUUGUCAGCAACCAAUAUGAAUGGUGCUGGUUUGAAGCAACCUAUUGCACGCCAACCCAGACAGCCCUCUCAAACCGCAACGCCCUCUUAUCCUAGUGCACAUCCAACCCCAUCACAACAAAUACAACAGCAAGCACCCAUUCACAAUCAAAAAGUACCUAGUCGACAAGCUUCAGCUACACCCCAAACCCAAGCACCACUGGUACAACAUCCAAGCAGACAAGGCUCCACCUCAUCAGAGAAGAAGCCAGUAGGUACCGGAACUCUAUCUACAGCAGGAGGAACUCCCAAUGGAACUGCUGCUAAGUCGGGAUCGCCUGGUGCUGAAGGUCGUUCAACUCCUCUGAGACCUAAAUCAGCUAUGGCACUAAACCUAGCUGGGAUUACCAAGCCCAGUGUUCCUUCGAUUCCAAUACCGAGCUCUGUUGAUAUCAAACCACCGACUGUGGUCACUUUUAACCCAGCGACGGACACUAGACCAACUUUGACUGGGGGUGGUGCUAAUUCGUUGAGCAUGUUGUGGGAUACGCCUGCGAUAACCAAAUUGCCAACGUUUGAUUUAGAAGGAGGUGAAUCUACAACCGAAUCAGGCAGGGUUUUAAACAAAAGAAAGUUGCAAGACAUAAUCAGUACCGUUGGAGUCGACGAAGGCGAUGGCAAGACUACGAUAGAUGGUAACGUGGAGGAUUUGUUGUUGGAUUUGGCCGAUGAAUUUAUUUACUCAGUGACUAGCUUUGCCUGUCGAUUGGCGAAGCAUAGGAAAGUUGACUCUAUUGAUGCUAAAGAUGUGCAGCUACACUUGGACCAGAAUUGGAAUAUCAAAAUCCCUGGGUAUGCCAUGGACGAGAUUAGAAGUACAAGAAAGUUACAACCUAGUACAGCGUAUAAUCAAAAAGUGCAAGGAAUUGAAAUAUCAAAAGCGGUUAAUGAUGAAAUCUGA